AUGUCGCAAAACAGGUAUCCGCCCUACACGACCUACGACGCCUACUUCAAUGCUCCGCCUCGGGCGUUUGAGAAGCAGAUGGAGCCAGGCAUGCAGGCAAUCCUAGACUCCAGGCACCCGAUGCCGAGGCCUUUCGACACCUUCACCUAUCCCGGCUACGAAGGCUCGUUCCAGACCACCUCGCCGGCAAUUGACCAAGGCCUCCAGGCCCUGCUGAGCGCCAACAAGCCCCACGCAUCCGCUCGCGACACGUAUUCCAACCCCAUCGCCAGCUUCUACCACGAUGCCGACGGCCCAUGGAACAGCGUCCGCGCCACCAGCCAGGCCCGGGGCUCCACUGCCAACCCCACGCUGACUGUGCCCAACCUGGACUACAACAGCUAUAGGGAUGCGCCAGCAUCCGAGAUAUCAGACUCGGGGUACGCCUCUCAAGCCGCUGCCUCACAAUCCAUCGUGAACACAAACACAGAGCCAACCGACUACAACAGAGAGUGUGGCGAUCUCCCCGUGCAGGUGAACAGCUUUUCAUUCACGCCCACUACCCACAGCUCCCCUGCCUAUGGCUCCCCGUCCUUCCAGACCCGCAACCCCGACAGGACAGGCAUAAGGUCGCAAUCCCAGAACACUCUGACAUGCACCCGCUGUGGUGAAGUUGCAAAGUGUCGAUCCGACUUCAAGAAGCACCAACUCAAGCACACCAAACCAUGGGUCUGCGAUGUGCCCGACUGCACUCGCAAGGAGGGCUUCACUACUGUCAAUGAUCUCCAAAGGCACCAAAAGAGCGUGCACAGGAUGGGCGGCAUGACCAAAUCCUUCCGCUGCGUUGCCGAUCGGUGCAAGAACAAGGACAAAUUAUGGCCACGGCUGGAUAAUUUCAAACAGCACGUCCAAAGAAUGCACAAGACCGACAAUAUGGACGAUUUGAUUCAACGACUCAAGGUCUAG